AUGGCCCACCUCGAGAACGAGUUCCUCUCCAAGAAGUACCAGAAAUGGGACAACUUCAAGGACGACGACGACGAUGACACGGCCGUGCCAGUCCAGAGCCAGACCCAGUACGACCACUCGGGCGACGCCGACAUUGAGAUCGUCGAUCAGAUGCUGCUGACGCGCGGCCAGCUCGACAAGUUCAAGAAGCUUGACCAGACCAAGCAGGAGAUCUGGCAGAUCGUCGUGCGCAAGCUGCGCGUGUGGUCGGCGUCGAGCCAGGGCGCUGAAGAAGGCGACGAUGCGAUUCCGUGCCGGCCGUACGCGAUCCUCGUCAACAACAUCUACCCGCUCGGCCAGGUCGUCUCGAAGAAGAUUUGCGACCCGCCCGAGGUCUACCCGUCGGCGCGCGAGAUCCUCGAGCUCUCGCUCAACGCGAUGGCGGACCCGCCGUCCAAGAUCCCGCAGCACCGACCGGACAAGAUUGUGUUUGCCGACAAGGCGCUCGUGGGCCAGCUCCGGCUGUCGUACGCUGCCCUUGGCAUCGAGUGCACGUACCUCACCGAGUCGGACGGUAUCGACGCGUGCAUUUCCGAGCUCUCAGGCCACUUGGUGCGCAAGGACCUGGCGUCCAUCGGCUCGGUGAGCGAGAAGCCGGGCCUGCCGCUGCCCGCCGAUGCGAUCCAGGCGUGGUACGAGGCCUGCGCAACGUUCGUCGACCUCUCGCCGUGGCGCAAGCUUGUCGAGCGGCAGUCGAUUCAGAUCGAUACCACGUCGUGCAAGGCGGGUCGGUCUACGUCUCGGUGCUCGGCCACACGGAGGACCCGAACGAAGAGAGUCUCAAGGGUGCGUCGUCCGCUUCCUCCGACAUCCUUGCUUACGGUGCGUGGGCUAGGCCUCGCCUUGUUCUUUACGCGCACCGACCUCCAGCGCCGCGUGUUGCCGCCCGGCCAAACCCUCGCGCUCAUGGAGAACCCGAGUUUGCGCAGGUGCGCGGCGUGCGACAAGAAGGCGCCGGCGGGUGCCGACCUCAAGCGCUGCACGCGUUGCCAGUGCGUCUUUUACUGCGACGCGACAUGCCAGCGGAGCCACUGGAAGGACCACAAGGUCAACUGCGUCGACCCUACGAUCGCAGCGGCAAGCGACGACGGCAAGAAGGCGCACAACUGGGGCGCGCGCGAGCUCUCGGUGUUUUUUGGCGGCGUCACGUCCAUGCCGUUUGACGACCUCGACGCGAUCGACGCGCACGGCUGCCGCAUUGCGCACGGCAUGUACCCGACGCCGAUGCUCUUCCGCCACGGCGAACCCAGCACGCCGCUGGUCUCGGACCUGCUCUGGCUCACGCGCGGCCUUGAAGCGAUGAACGCCAUGCUCAAGACCGCCCCCGGCUUUGUGAACGCGUCGAUGGCCGGGCUCUUGGGCCUCCACGACGCGGCCGAGGAAGCCAAGAUCAGCGUCGAGAUCCCGUCGCUCGUGGCCGGCACGACCGAGACCGUCGUGUUGCGCAACAGCAGCGUCCUCUCGAUGCAGGACGUCGACGCUCUGCGCAGCGCUGUCGAGAAGAAGAAGAAGGCGCGGGUCGACGAUACGGCCGAGGAAAAAGCCGACGCCAGCGCCAACAACGAAGGCAGCUGCGUGCUCAUGUAAUGACCUCUACCAGUAGCAUUUUCACGGGAUAAAUACACGGGAUAUUGGAAG